GGUGUGCUUCAAAACCCAAACACUGUGCACAGCUGCUAGCUAAAGAAGCGCAGGGGAAGAAAGGGGACACAGGCCAAGGGGUGGUGAAAUAGUUUUUGUUACUAUUUAUUUUAGGUAGUUUCGUAACAUAGCUAUUGGUUCGGGUGUCAAUUUUGUAUUCGUAGUGGCUGAGUCGAUCCGGAUUUGGCUUGGGACUUUCAUGACCAACUGACAUAAAGCUAGCUUUGGAAUACAGAUUGUUAGCUUAGCCUAGCCGCUGCUGAAUCGGCUGUGUACCGCAGGGCGUGAUUUAAGUAAAGAGAACAGGUUGGUUUGAUGCUCGUGCCAUCAAAGCCGGAGGCACCAUGAGUGCGGAGGUGGAUGCACUGACUGUGGUAAACCAGCUGAGAGAUCUCGCUGCGGACCCCCUGAAUCGAAGAGCCAUAGUCGAGGACCAGGGUUGCCUGCCGGGGCUCAUCCUUUUUUUCGACCACCCUAACCCACAGGUUGUCUACUCUGCACUGUUGGCUGUGCGGUACCUGGCAGAAUGUCGGGCCAACAGGGAGAAGCUGAAGAGCGAGCUGGGCAUGAUGCUGAGCUUGCAGAAUGUCAUGCAGAAGAGCACGUCGCCCGGGGAGACCAAACUGCUGGCGUCUGAGAUAUAUGAGAUUCUGCAGUCGGCCGGUCAAGAAGAGGCCGAGCAGGCCGAGGCAGCCGCCGCCUCCUGCCGCCGUAAAGCCCACUUCUUCCUCGGCUCCAACAACAAGCGGGCUAAAACUGUAGUUUUGCACAUCGACGGACUGGACGACUCUACUCGAAGGAGCCUGUGUGAGGAGGCUUUGCUGAAGAUACGAGGAGUCAUCAGCUUCACCUUCCAGAUGGCCGUGAAGCGAUGCGUCGUCCGCAUCCGUUCCGACCUUAAAGCUGAGGCGUUGGGAACAGCAAUUAACUCCACCAAAGUAAUGAAGGCUCAGCAGGUGGUGAAGACAGAGGACGGCGGAGAGCUGAUGGUACCAUUCCAGGAGGACGCGUCGGUGCUGGUGGAGGAGAACACGGACAUCCCAGACUACCUACCCGAGGACGAGAGUCCAUCGCAGGAGCAGGACAAGGCCGUCACCCGGGUGGGCUCGGUCACAGACGGCCUGGGCUGGCUCAGCACGGCCGCCAACUUCCUGACACGCUCGUUCUACUGGUGACGGCUUCCCCGCGCGUCACUCUCGGCACAGUGUCGGUUUUCACCCUGCGUCACUAGUUUUAGGUUCCCCCUCUCAACAGCACAUGUGCUGGACUGCCAGUUGGAACAUGCAAUAACUUUAACAUGUGCAAAUAUUAGGCUACAAAUCCCACAACAAGGCUGUCUUUUCACAACUAUAAACUAACUGCAGAUAUCUAGAGGACAUAGCCAAAGGACUCUGCAUCCAACAGAACCAAAUAGCUUCCUGGAAAUGAGUAACGCUAUGUUGAACUAGUACAUCAAUGGGAGGUUCAGUUUCAUCUCUUUCUGUGCGCGAGUUCGGUUCUUCAUUUCCUUCCAUCUAUUCCAAUGUUUCUUCAUUAAUUCUUUGUCCUUUAAAUUUGUCACAUUUUCAGUCACGUUUUGUUUGUUCUGUUCAGCAUGCUACGUGCCAAUCUCGCCCGUUGCCUACGUCCACACAUAAUUUGUGUGGUUUUUGAGAGUUAGUUUGUAAUUAUUUAUUCAUGCUUUACUCAAAUGAUUUGAGAGCUCUGAGCAAACGCUGUUAGUUCACAGGGGGAAAAAAAGUAGACACCAGCAGAAACCGCUGCUCAUUUAGCCGCCAGCUCCCACGCGUUGGACUGAAUUGUGAUUUUUCAAUCACAGCUUAUAUGAGUGUUUUGACUGAUUGGUGCAGGGCGUCUAGAUACAUCCAAACGUCGUCUGUGAGUUAAUUUAAUGAAGUAAUUCAGUUUUAAAAAGUGAAGCUUCAUUUCACACGGCUGUAUUUCAAACGUUUAUUUCUGUUAGCUUUGAUGACUCUGGCUUACAGCUGAUGAAAACCCAAAAUUCACUUCUGUGGAAUAUUAUAUUACAUAAGAUUAAAAAAAAGCUUUUAAAACGGAAAUGUCAGCCUCUCAGUUUGGUCAUGGCUCGUUCUUGUGUGAAUUACAGCAUGAAAAUUCUGCUUUAAAAUGAAAUUAACGUUACAAAACUAAGCAGUGGAAGCAUGAACUGCUGUAAUAUUUCUGGUGGAUGUCUGUGCUGACUUUGGACUUCAGGAAACAGAGGACCAACACCAGCACGUGACAUCACCGACUAUCAGUCGUAGCUCAAGUCCUGGAUACGUCUCUGUAAAAUUCUGACUCCACUUCAGUCCAGACCUUGUAACUCUUCAAAUCUAAGGAAUGAGCUUUACUUUACAAUCCUCUCCAGACUGUGGAUAUCCCUGCAACGUCUCCCACCAUACGUUUUCCUUCCUCUCAACUUUCCAUUAACAUGAUCUCUGUAGAAGACCAGCUUAUUUAGAACGCUUGUGGCGAACGUCGAUGUCUGUCUGGACAGCUGCUAGGUCAACCGAUUUAGGUCUUUGGCUCUUCUACAUGGCUCUCAGUAAAGUUUCAACUAAUGAAUUCAGGUUUCAGUCCUUCUUUGGGUUUUUUUUCAAGUAAUAAUUAGUCACAUUAAAUUUCCACUACAGAAUGAGGCUAAGCUGCACAAGUUUGUUUCAACUUAAACAAACGUGGUUAGAAACUUUGUGCUUUACAUAAUUUUUUCACAAACAUCAACAUCCCACUGAAGAAAACGUAUCUAUAAUAGUAUAUAAAUCAAUAUAUAUAUUGAUAUUUAUAAAAGUAACACAUUUUCCUAUUGCAGGUAUUUGUCAAAUUCUUUUUUUCCCACCCCCGACAGUUCAUUUGAUAUUUGUGGCUCUAGACAAGUUUUAUUUCAUUUGACUGAGGGCCUUCGCCUGGUUUAGGUUGUAGCAUUUAAUAUCUGCAUCGAAAUUAAUGCUUUAUUGAUCCUACGUGCUAUAAAAAUUGUCAGACAAACUGAAUUUUGGGUUUUUACUACGUGUAAGCCGUCGUCAUCAAAAUGUGUGACGAAUCCAGAUACUACACAAUGUACUUCACUUUUUAAAUUGAAUUACUGAAAUAUUUAAACUUUUGGGUGAUAUUUCAUGUGUUUAGGUGCCGCUCAUUACACCCUUUUUAAUGUGUUUGAUUGCUUUAGAAAACUUAAAUCCAUCCAAGGUGACCUCCUGCAGGUAACCUCUCUGAGGUGAGCUCCUCUGUUAGCGGUCCUUCAUUGACGAUGCUACCUCUGCUCUCAGCCUCGCCCUUCACGUCAACCUGGGCUGUGAUCUUCUGUCGGUAACACCACAGCUCUGCAUGAUGAAGCCUCCUGCUUGGUAAAUAUUCCCUCGCGUUUCCUCGAAUUCCUCUGCCAUUUCUUCGCAGUGUUGUCAUGACAGCUUAGCCUUAAAGCAGCAAUCAAGUUGGAGCACACUCUCACAUUCGAAGGACUCACACAAACGCUGUGGAGGAGAUGUAUAUUUUGUAAAUGGUGCCUCAUUCCCUGACAUGAAGGAUCUUUUUUUUUUUUUUUUUUUUUUUUGUUAUCUUACUUUUAGUUUUAAUAAUUCUGGCUUUUAUUAUAGGUCACAAAUUACGACAAGAGCUCGUAGCAGCUGAUGUUUCUUUUUAAUCUCCUGAAUUUCACCUCAGGUUUAAUUAUUCUGACUUGUGUCAUUAACAGUUAUUACAUCCAGUGCUGAGCGAGCCACUUUCCGUCUUUCAUGGUACGGAGACGUCACGUUUGGUUGGGUUCAAACUGAGAAAAACGGCAGAGAAAAGCAAAACUGGCGGUGGCCAUGUUUUUGAAAAGCAAUAUUUUUUUUCUGUUUGAUGUCAUCGUAGGUCAACAACACCUCGCAGACUAACGUCAGCGUGACGUGCAUAUGUCAGCAGUAUUACUCUCUUCUUUAUUUGUCCACGUUGCAGUUAAUCUUUGUCGCAUGUUUGGUUUUAGUAUUUCAGCUCAUUUUGCAAAGAAAAUACUUGAAACUUGUUCAGAUUUCUUUUUUUCUUUCUUUUUUUUGUCAUUUGCCUCAGCAGUGAUAUCGAGAAAGAGCCUCUGACAAAACCCUCGAAAAUGUAACCUCUUGUGUACAAACUUGGCAGAUGUAAUAUAACCUGUGCAGAUUUUAAAAGCUGUAGAUUCCUGUACACUGUUAAUGCGAACGAUGAUAAACAUUGAAAUAAGAGAAA